AUGGCAGUCCAAGCCGUAAUGAUCCAAGAUAAAUGUGAAGACUGCCAGGCGCCCCCACAACAAACAGAAGUAUACAAUGCGGAGAUAGAGGACUGGAGACAACCAUACAUUGAUUAUCUCCAUCACGAGCGAUUGCCGCUUAACAGACAAGAUGCACUCAAGAUCCAAAAGAAAUCCGGUUGGGGACUUGAUAUUAUUGGACCAAUAAAACCGACUUCAUCUGGACGCCAUAAGUAUAUCAUCACCGCAACUGAAUACUCUACCAAGUGGGUUGAGGCUAUUCCACUCCGAGAUUACUCAGGCGCUACAAUCGCCGCGUUCAUCAAAGCAUACAUCAUUUGUCGAUUUGGGGCACCUAUGAUCAUACGAUCUGACAACGGUACCUCCUUUGUUAAUCAAACUUUCAUAGAUUUGUUGGACCAGUAUGGAAUCAAGUUCCACACCUCAACUGUCUAUUACCCUCAGGGGAAAGGACAGGCUGAGGCAACCAACAAGACACUAUUAAGGAUACUGAGUUGGACAGUAUAUGACCAUCACAGAAGCUGGCAUGAGCAGCUACUCCUUGCACUUUGGGCAUAUCGCAUUUCCAAGAGAAGCUCCACUGGCGCAUCCCCCUAUUCACUGAUGUACGGGGAAGACGCGAUAUUACCAGAAGAAAUCGCUAUACCAUCCGCACGUGUGGCUAUGGCUAGCCUUACCACCCCGGAUGAAUUCAGUCGACUCGCUCACUUAGAUACCUUGGAAGAACGACGAGUUAAAGCUGAACGUUUUGCAGACAAGUAUAGGCAACGAACAACAAGAUAUUAUAAUCAAAAGGUGAAAGAGCGAGUCUUUAUUGUAAAUGAGGUAGUAAUGAAAAUUGCGCCACACGUCCAGCGUAAUGAGAAAGCAGGCAAGUUUGCAUCCAACUGGCAAGGUCCUUAUAUGAUCAGCGAGGCAGCAGAAAGCAGAUAUUACUAUUUGAAGCGGAUGAAUGGCUCCCGCAUUAAUACUCCUAUCAAUGGUAAAUGGCUUAAAACUUAUUAUGCUUAA